GAAAUCUUCGCUGCGCUUUGUGAGUGUUUGAGGGGGAGUGACUGAAGAAGCACUUGGCUGUCUUUACAUCCUGUUGUGGUCGUGCAACGGCGUGUGUGCUGUUGUGUGUGCGUGUUGUGUGUCUGCGAGGUGUGUUUGCAGCCAGAGCGAGUUCAAGUAUGAAGAGAGGAAAGAAUGCAGAGGAUGCGGCUGCAGACGGGGAGAAUGACUCCGGCGCUGCUUCUGCAAAGAAAACAAAGAAGGCCAAGGAGCCAGAGGCUCCAGUACUGUACGAUGAUCCUCCUGACAAAAUGACCAGCAAAGAUGGACGGGAGGCCAACAUGAAGAUCACUUCCUGGAACGUCGACGGUCUGAGGGCCUGGGUGAAAAAGAAGGGUUUGGAUUGGGUGCGUGAGGAAGCUCCAGAUAUUUUGUGCCUGCAGGAGACCAAGUGUGCAGAAAAAUCUCUCCCUGCAGACAUUACCUCAAUGCCGGAGUAUCCUCACAAAUACUGGGCCGGGUCAGAUGAUAAGGAGGGUUACAGUGGUGUGGCCAUGCUCUGUAAGACUGAACCGCUCAAGGUCACCUAUGGCAUUGGUAAAGAAGAGCAUGACAAGGAGGGCCGAGUCAUCACUGCAGAGUUCCCCAACUUCUAUCUGGUGACCACCUAUGUGCCAAAUGCCGGAAGAGGCCUUGUGCGCCUAGAUUACCGCAAAACCUGGGACGUGGACUUCCGGGCAUACCUCAGCGAGCUGGACAUGCAGAAGCCCCUGGUGCUGUGUGGCGACCUCAAUGUUGCACACCAGGAGAUAGACCUGAAAAACCCCAAAGGGAACAAGAAAAACGCAGGCUUCACCCCGGAUGAGCGCGAGGGCUUCAGCCAGCUGCUGGGAUCCGGUUUCACCGACAGCUUCCGCGAGCUGUACCCCGAGCAGACCAAUGCCUACACCUUCUGGACCUACAUGAUGAACGCCCGCGCAAAGAAUGUGGGCUGGAGGCUCGAUUACUUUUUGCUGUCGUCCAGUCUGGUGCCAGGCCUGUGCGACAGCAAGAUUCGCAACAAGGCCUUGGGAAGCGACCACUGCCCCAUCACGCUGCUCUUAGCUGUGUAGGUCAUGGUCUGAGCAGCCUUCACUGUUUCCGUAGUACUUCCAUUCUGAUGUCUGAAGUGUGCCUGUGUGUGUGUGCCUAUGUGUGUGUGUGUGUGUGAGAGUGUGUGAGUGUGUGAUAGUGAGGCAUUGCCAGUUUAGGCAGGAAAGUCUUACAAAUGCUGCCCAAACUAUCUUUCAGUAGGCUCAGCUGUAGCUUAGCUGUCAAGUACUUUGAACCUUUUCACAAGGAAUGAUAAUAAAAUGACUCACAAUGCCCAUUUAUCCUACAAAAAAUUUAAGCUUGUCAAUAAACCCAGUGACAUACACCCCCAUUCUGUAAAGAUGCAACACUAAAUUCGUGAAAAUGUCUAAGCUGAUUUUCAACAAAAACCUGUCUGGGAAACUGUCACAGUGUGACGCCUGUCUGUAUUACUGCUGGCCGGACCGAGCCUGCAGUAUGUUUUUGUGUUACUGUCUGAAAUGAAACCACUGCUGUAAAAUAAAUGUAACUUGCUCUAGCACAAAAAUGUUUUAAGCCUCUUUUCCAAAGCAGUGUUAUAUUUUCUGUUGUAAAACAUACCAACAAUAAAGACUGAAUUUCUGUAAA